GGAGGCAGCGGAUGAACACAUCGUGAAUGGUGUGCACGCACCCUUUUACAGAUUCAGCACAGCAGAUUUUAACUCGCCACCUCUUCUUUCCUGCAGCACAGCGUGCACACACACACAAGACAAUACUCGGAUUAACAGCGGCGCCGAACAAAACCGAGUGAAGACGAGCCGAUGGGGCGGGAAUGGUGAAAUGAUGGCGAAAUUAAAACGCCACACCGAACGCGUCAAGGUGGGAUCUGCAGCGCAACCGCUUUGCAAUUAGGCAAAACAAAUCCGCUCGUUUGUGCUUGUUUACAUCCACACGGGAGAGCAAGAUGUCCUUCACAACUGGGAUGGAUGCGCAGCACUGAUCGUUGUCAUGGAUACCAGCACGCGAAAAUUCACAGUGCGGAGAUGGUUUUCCAUCUACCUGAAGAACAAGGCCGCCAGGAACAAGAACACAACGGGUUUCUGUCAUCUUGAGGAUGAAAGCAUACUAAAGGAGAUCGACAUCAGCCACCAUGUUAAGGAAGGUUUUGAGAAAGCAGACCCCUCUCAGUUCCAGCUGCUUAAGGUGCUUGGCCAGGGAUCCUAUGGCAAGGUGUUUCUGGUGAGAAAGAUCAGAGGAGUGGACAGAGGACAACUGUACGCAAUGAAAGUCUUAAAGAAAGCAACACUCAAAGUCCGAGAUCGUGUGCGAUCCAAGAUGGAAAGAGAUAUUUUGGCAGAGGUCAACCACCCAUUUAUAGUCAAACUACACUAUGCCUUCCAGACAGAAGGGAAGCUCUAUCUAAUCCUAGACUUUCUCCGAGGGGGAGACCUUUUCACUCGUCUGUCAAAAGAGGUAAUGUUCACAGAAGAAGAUGUGAAAUUUUACCUUGCAGAGUUGGCACUGGCCUUGGACCAUUUACACAGUUUGGGAAUCAUCUACAGGGACCUCAAACCUGAGAAUAUUCUUCUGGAUGAAGAAGGACAUAUAAAGAUAACUGACUUUGGCUUGAGUAAGGAAGCCAUUGACCAUGAUAAGAGAGCAUAUUCCUUCUGUGGAACAAUAGAGUAUAUGGCGCCAGAGGUGGUCAACCGAAGGGGUCAUACACAAAGUGCAGACUGGUGGUCUUUUGGGGUGCUGAUGUUUGAGAUGCUGACAGGAUCAUUACCAUUUCAAGGGAAAGAUCGUAAAGAAACAAUGGCUCUUAUUCUAAAGGCCAAAUUGGGAAUGCCACAAUUCCUUAGUCCAGAGGUGCAGAGUCUAUUAAGAGCACUCUUCAAGAGGAACCCUGCUAACCGUCUCGGUGCAGGGCCAGAUGGAGUGGAAGAAAUAAAAAGUCAUUGCUUCUUUGCAUCGAUCAACUGGAACAAGCUGUAUAGGAAGGAAAGUAGGCCGCCAUUCAAACCAACAGUUGGAAGACCAGAGGAUACUUUUCACUUUGACCCGGAGUUCACGUCUAGAACACCUACUGACUCUCCUGGCAUCCCACCCAGUGCAAACACACACCAGCUGUUCCGUGGUUUCAGUUUUGUUGCCACAAAUCAAAAUCAGGAGCACAGUGUGACCGGCGUACUGCCUUCUCGCCAGGAGGGGAACACCAUAAUCCCAAUGGCACAGCAUCUCCGUGGUGAUGUGGCCUUCAGUGAUGUUUAUGAGCUAAAGGAGGACGUCGGACAGCCAGCCAACUCUGUCUACAAAAGAUGUCUUCACAGAGUUACUGCAGUGGAAUAUUCAGUGAAGAUCAUCGACAAAUCAAGGAAAGAUCCAUCUGAAGAGAUUGAGAUCCUGUUAAGAUAUGGACAGCAUCCUAAUAUCAUUACACUAAAAGAUGUGUUUGAUGAUGGCCACUGUGUGUACCUGGUUCAGGAUUUAUUGAGAGGAGGUGAGCUGCUGGACCGAGUAUUGACGGUGCCAAAUUUCAUAGAGAAAGACGCAUCAGACAUCAUCUGCACACUGGCCAAGACUGUGGAAUAUUUACACUCCCAGGGGGUUGUGCAUCGGGACCUGAAACCCAGCAACAUUCGCUACUCAGAUGACAGAGGACUCUCAGAAUGCCUCAAAAUAUGUGAUUUUGGGUUUGCCAAACAGCUGAGGGCUGAAAAUGGCUUACUGAUGACCCCAUGUUACACAGCGACAUUCAUGGCACCAGAGGUUCUGAAGAAGCAAGGUUAUGAUGCUGCAUGUGACAUCUGGAGCUUGGGUAUCCUGCUUUACACCAUCAUUGCUGGCUUCAGUCCAUUCGCCAGCUGUCCUGAUGACUCAGCAGAGGAAAUUUUGGCUCAAAUUGGCUGUGGGAAAUUUAUCAUCAGUGGCGGUAACUGGGACCUGGUGUCAGACGCUGCCAAGGACAUUGUGACCAAGAUGCUCCAUGUGGACCCUCACCAGCGCCUAACUGCGCCACAGGUCCUUCGCCAUCCCUGGAUUGUCGAGAGAGACCAGCUCUCUGACAGAGUCCUCACUAGACAAGAUGUACUCACUGUCAAGGGGGCGCUGUCUGCCACCUAUUCUGCUUUGAGGCGCUGUGCUCCAACCCCAGUCCUGGAGCCUGUACAGUCCUCUGGCCUCGCCCAGCGUCGGGAAAUGAAGAAAGUUGGAAGUGUUGUCAUCGAUUCAGACCUAAAAGAAAAGGGGUAGAUGAAAGAAAGUAACACUAUUCCUAAUUCGAGAGGAUAACUCUAUUAUUCACGCUUGCCUCUGGAAUUGGAGAUCCUGGUUCCUAAAGUUGCAGUGGCCUUUGUCAGAUCCACUGGUUCUCUCUCAGUUGUCAUUAGAAAAAAAACUAUGCUCUUGGGUACACUCUCUCCAAGAGCUGCAUCAUCUGAUUUUGUUUAUUGUGGUGAGCAUGUUGAACUGCAUUACAUCUAAUAUUUUGGGUACAUUGGUUUAGCUAUAGUGCACAAGAUGGGCAACAUAUUAAACACAUAAUGCAGGAUUUCCGGAGACGUGCAUCUGUGCCUAAUAAAGUGUCCAGUGACCUCAGUAUUUGUCACUAAUCCGUUCCAAAAGGUCAGACAAAAACAAACGUACAGGAAAUAACAUAGGAAGUAAGGUGAACUCAAUGAAUCCUUUAACCUCUGUUACUAGACUUCAGAGUAGUUUUACCCUUGUUUGGUCGUACAUGGCUUUAUUAAACUUGUAGUGAGAUACAGUAUGUUUUUCAUCAGACCGUAUUCAUUGGAUCAGUUAGGAUCACACUUAGACACACCCAUUUCUCCUCUGCAGUAUAUUUACAUAACCGUGUCAAUCAUGAUGUGUUUCAUCUAAUCAGUCUUUUGAAUUCUAAAGAUACAUGCAUGUUGUAAAUGUAAAUAUCAUGUCAAUGUGAACAGUCUUAACAGUCCCAUGGCAGUCUAAUUGCUCUCCAUGUGCAAAAUCAUCUAAUAGUUUUGUAUUUGUAGUUGUAUUUGUCCUCCCAUAGAUGCAGCCGAAAAGUCUUACCAAGAGGUCAUAGUCACCCAUAUAGACAAUUUAGCAGUACGGUUAUUUAUGUUGUAUGACAUGUUAAAAUGAUUAUGUAGGGUACAGCAUGGCUCUUAUUGUGCACACCACGCUCAAUCUUAAUCUGCGUGUGCGAUCAAGUACCGUGGCUAUACCAUUUCUGCAUCUGUUUGCUUGUAGCUUUUGAAAGACAAAACAUUUGAGAACCACUGUGUCAGAAAUGUAUAUACAAACAGAACAGAGAAUGCAAUCAAACAAUACGAGGUAAGACUGAAGUAGCACCUUUUUGAUGUGCAAAGUCUCCGUAGAAAAGUAGAUUGACCUCCACCCAAUAAUCGUGUUUUGAUGUUUAAUCAGUAGCGAUAUAGCAAAAGUGAUAUAACUUGGAUGAAUCCAUUUGCACUGCAUAGCCAAGUCAGGUAGCAUUGCUUUUUCCUCCUAUGUUGGUAAAACAUAAGUUGGUAAAACUCAUGCUGGAGGUAAAUCUGUAAAUAGUUUAUUUUGAAUGUACAUACUACGGCGCCAAAUCACCUGGACGAGGUUACAUUGUGUAUAGUGUACAAUUAUGAGAAAGCAUUCUGACUGUAAAUAUUGUGCGUGCAGACCGUAUAUGCGAUACGACACUGUGUUGUGCACUGAUUUAUGGAUGUAAAUACUGUCUAUACCUGGCUAAUCAUUGACAUGGUUGGUUAAUAUGCCAAAGUUUUACAAAUAAAGAAUAUGAUUGGGAAUAGGAAUCAUCACA